AUGAGCAACGAACAUCAGACAAGAAGAAAUCAUCAUCACAGAUACCCAAGCUAUUAUUCACAAACGUCUCAAACGGAAGAAAUGAAUCCUCCUCCUUCUCCGAUAAGCUUGCAAUCAGCAUUGAAUGGACCAAUAUUUCAUAGCAAUUUGAAACAUGACAAUUCAUCAUCGGAAGAGAGAUCCUCAUUGUUGCGUUCAAAAGACAAAAAAUCACUCAAUGAUUUACCACCAGAAGAACUUGAAAAGAAAUUUAUGGAAGAGGAAGUAUCACAUAGUUUUCAGCUUAUUGUUGUCACAUCUGUGGUGGUUUGUUUUUUGGCUCCCUGUUUAUCAUUUUUACCAUACUGUUUCAUGUGUAAAUAUAGAAAUUCUCCGUCAGAAAUUGCUAAAGCAUACUAUAAUAUUUCAAGAGCAAUUAUUGUCAUACUCAUUUUCAUUUUCACAUUACUUGUAUGCAUGAUUGCCAUUCCAUCCUCAAUAGGUCUUUCGCUGUAUAUCAAUAUUAAAAGAGCAACAUGA